AUGCCUUCGCGCAAACCCAGCAAGUAUGGGAACAAAUUCCGAUCCAGUGAUGCAAGUUCAAAACCUCGACGGACGAAAACGGUCGAAUUCGGUGCCCUGCGCUCGACUGAAGCCACCUCCCAAGAUGAGAAAUUCGAGGCCAUCCGACUGGCCAACAGCAUCGAUGAGUCCCUAGGCUUCCCACGUUUCGAAGCUGGCGAGACCAGAGCUGGCUGGCUUAUAAACAUGCACAGCACCACACUCGAGGAUGCGAAUGUACAAGGAGGUCGAGCUGGUGUCGACUACUACUUCCUACAGGAUGACGGAGGCAGUUUCAAAGCAACUGUGGAAUACGAUCCGUAUUUCCUGAUUGCGGUCAAGAAGGGCUAUGAGAUGGAAGUUGAGGAAUGGUGUCGGAGAACCUUUGAAGGAUUGAUCAAAAGCUUCAAGCGCCUUGAUAAGGAAGAUCUAGACCUCCCCAACCAUCUUCUCGGGCAUCGCAGAGCAUUCAUCAGACUGAACUUUGCCAAUGUACCCAAUCUGCUGGAAGUUCGUAGAACACUUCUACCUCUUGCUGAAAAGAACAAGAAAAAUUCGAAUGUGAUGGAUGCAUAUGUCGAAAUGACCAGUGCAACUACUGGUUUCGACUUGUUUGAUGACGAAUUAAUUAAUGAGAAACGACCUAAUGGCAACAUGCAAGCGAGUGAUUUUAUUGUUGAUAUCCGAGAAUACGACGUUCCGUACCAUGUUCGAGUGUCUAUUGAUAAGGAUAUUCGAAUUGGAAAAUGGUAUAAUGUGGAGUCAAAGCAUGGUGUCAUCUCUUUGACCUGUUUAGAGGAACGACUUCAGCGUGCCGACCCCGUCGUCCUGGCCUUCGAUAUCGAAACCACAAAACUGCCCCUCAAAUUUCCUGAUGCCGUGAUCGAUCAAAUCAUGAUGAUCUCCUAUAUGAUUGAUGGACAAGGUUUCCUCAUUACCAAUCGAGAAAUUGUCUCUGAGGAUAUCAAUGACUUCGAGUACACUCCCAAGCCGGAGUAUAGUGGACCUUUCGUGAUCUUUAAUGAGCCAAAUGAAAGAGCUCUACUGGAGCGAUUUUUCGAGCAUAUUAAGAUCGCCAAGCCCACUGUCAUCGCGACAUACAACGGUGACUUUUUCGAUUGGCCAUUUGUGGAAGCAAGAGCAAGUGUUCAAGGCAUUGACAUGUACACCGAGACCGGCUUCAGGAAGAAUAGCGAAGAUAUCUACCAAAGUGACCACUGUGUCCAUAUGGACUGUUUUGCGUGGGUGAAUCGUGACAGUUAUCUUCCUCAAGGAAGUCGUGGUUUGAAAGCCGUCACGGUUGCGAAGCUGGGCUACGACCCCGACGAACUCGACCCUGAAUUGAUGACUCCGUAUGCAAGCGAACGACCUCAGACUCUGGCCGAGUAUUCGGUUUCCGAUGCCGUUGCAACAUACUACUUGUACAUGAAAUAUGUGCAUCCUUUCAUCUUCUCUCUCUGCACCAUCAUUCCUUUAAAUCCAGAUGACACGUUGCGCAAGGGUACCGGCACCCUGUGUGAAAUGCUGCUCAUGGUUCAAGCCUACCAGACUGAGAUUGUAUUGCCAAACAAACACAAAGAUCCUCCAGAGGCCUUCUAUGAAGGCCAUCUGCUCGAAUCAGAAACCUACGUCGGCGGCCAUGUUGAAAGUAUCGAAGCUGGUGUCUUCCGAAGCGAUAUUCCAGUCACCUUCAGCGUGGAUCCCAAUGCUAUUGACGAACUUCUACGAGACCUCGACCACGCUCUUAAAUUCAGUAUCGAGGUUGAGGAGAAGAAAUCCUUGGAUGAUGUCACAAACUUCGAUGAAGUCAAAGCGCAAAUCGCAGAGAAACUUGUUGAUCUGAAGAACAACCCAAGUCGGAAUGAGGUACCCUUUAUCUACCACUUGGAUGUCGCUUCCAUGUAUCCCAAUAUCAUGAUCACCAAUCGGUUGCAACCAGAUUCCAUGAUAGAUGAGUCCAAUUGCGCCGCUUGUGAUUUCAACCGACCAGGCAAAACGUGCGACAGGCGAAUGCCGUGGGCUUGGCGUGGUGAAUUUUUGCCUGCGAAGCGGGACGAGUACAACAUGAUAAAACGUGCUACUGCCAACGAGCGAUUCCCCAGUCGGACGAAGAAUGGUGCAUUGCGGUCUUUUGGAGAACUCAGUGUCGAGGAGCAAGCUGGUGUUGUCAAGAAGCGACUGCAAGAUUAUAGCAAGAAGAUCUAUCACAAAAUCCAUGACAGCAAAACUAUGGUUCGUGAAGCAAUCAUCUGCCAGAGAGAAAACCCUUUCUAUGUCGAUACGGUGCGAAGCUUCCGUGAUCGUCGUUACGAUUUCAAGGGCAAACAGAAGGUCUGGAAAAACAAAACCGAUUCUUUGCAGUCAUCCGGUGCAUCUGCUGCUGAAAUUGAAGAGGCCAAGAAGAUGAUCGUUCUUUUUGAUUCCCUGCAAUUGGCCCACAAGGUCAUUCUGAACAGUUUCUAUGGUUAUGUCAUGCGAAAGGGAUCUCGAUGGUAUUCCAUGGAGAUGGCUGGUGUCACUUGUCUCACAGGUGCGCACAUCAUUCAGAUGGCACGAGAACUCGUUGAGCGAAUUGGCCGGCCUCUGGAACUCGAUACUGACGGUAUCUGGUGUAUGCUUCCUGGGACAUUCCCGGAAAACUUCAGUUUCACCAUGAAAAAUGGCAAGAAAUUGGGAAUUUCGUAUCCCUGUGUCAUGCUCAACCACCUUGUUCAUGCAAAAUACACGAAUCAUCAGUACCAGGCACUUGUCGAUCCGGCUACAUUUAAGUACAAGACCGAGAGCGAAAAUUCCAUCUUCUUUGAAGUUGAUGGACCUUAUCGAGCAAUGAUCCUUCCAACAUCAAAGGAAGAGGAUAAGAACCUGAAGAAACGAUACGCUGUGUUUAAUCAUGAUGGAUCUCUGGCUGAACUGAAGGGUUUCGAGGUCAAACGAAGAGGAGAGCUGAAAUUGAUCAAGAUCUUCCAGACUCAGAUUUUUAAGUUCUUCUUGGAAGGCACCAACCUUGCUGAGACCUAUGCUGCAGUCGCUCGUGUCGCCGAUCGAUGGCUGGAUGUUCUAUACGAAAAGGGAUCAACAUUGGCGGACGAAGAGCUCAUCGACCUCAUUUCCGAGAACCGCAGCAUGACUAAGACCUUGGAGGAGUAUGGAAACCAAAAGUCUACAUCAAUUACCACUGCUAGACGUCUCGCUGAAUUUUUGGGCGAGCAGAUGGUCAAAGACAAAGGCCUGAACUGCAAGUACAUCAUCUCCGCGAGGCCACGAAAUACUCCAGUCACCGAACGAGCUAUUCCUGUUACAAUUUUCUCAGCCGAGGAGAGCGUGAAACGGUUCUUCCUGCGAAAGUGGCUCAAAGAUGACCCGGCAGAUAUGGAUCCCCGAAGUGUUAUUGACUGGGACUACUACCUUGAGCGUCUUGGGUCCGUGGUCCAAAAACUUAUCACUAUCCCCGCGGCCCUUCAAAAGCUUCGAAAUCCUGUUCCUCGUGUUGCUCAUCCAGAUUGGUUGCAGCGACGAAUCAACCAAAAAGAUGACAAAUUCAAACAGAAGAAGAUGACCGAUUUGUUUCAGAAGUCGGACAAGGCCCCGCUUUCAUCGAUCUCAGCCAAUAUUUUGGACCAUCGUGUUCAGCAUGCUGGUGAUAUGGAUGAAGUCAUUGCACAUUCAACCCAGAAGCUGAAGUCUUCUCCUGAUGGCAAGGUGGCUCAGAAAAGAAAACACCCAGAGGGAAUUAGCAAGACAGCCCUGGAUCCCUUUGCAAGCCUCCCUGCAGUUAUGCCAUCCAUUUCAGAGGACUACGAGGGCUUCCUCAAGUACCAGAAGCAAAAGUGGAAGAUCCAAAAGCAAGCACGGAUUCGACGUCGCCAGUUAUUCGGUGAACGUAUUAAUGUUGCCUCGGACUCAUUGAGCAAUUUCUUCCGGAAUCAGGCCCAAAUGCUCUAUAUCAGUACCUGGCAGGUAUUGCAACUAUGUGAAACUGGCCGACCAGGCAUUGUCCGAGCCUUUGUGCUCAUCGACCAGAAGAUCCAUGCACUUAAUGUCAAUGUUCCGCGGCAAUUCUUCGUGAAUUUGAAGCGUGAUUCUUUACCAGACAUCGAAGUACCGGACUGUGAUGUUGAGAAGGUGAAUCACACUUUACCAAAUGGACACCCUUCAGUUCAUCUGUUCAAGCUUUCGUUGUCCGAGGACAAGUUUCUCGAGGAGGCAGAUAAGAUGGAUGCCCUAUUCCAGCACCCUAGCAUUGAGGGUGUUUAUGAAAGAAACAUCACGCCGAGUAUCCGGGCUGUACUCAAACUAGGAAGCCAUUGUACUUUUGAUGAAGAGCAGCGAGGUGUUCUUGGAGAUGGAUUAGAAAAAGGGUUCGAUCUCUCUACUUUGCUUCACACUACAUCUGAUCAGCCAUAUCUCAUGGAUUCGCCCUUGGCAUAUCAUUAUUUGUAUCACGUGGCAUCUGGGGAUCGACAAGUUUUUGCCCUAUUUUCUACCACCCAGAAAGAGGCGCAUAUCGUCAUCCUCAACCGCACAAGAGAUGUCCAAGGCCUGCCAAAUGUCGAUAAAAUCUACGCAGAACUGCUUUCUCGGAAAAUGCAGGAUACAACGUCGGAUGGGUCACAAAAUGCCUUCGAAUACCAGGAUAAAAUCCAUUUCAAAACGACGCAGGUGAUGACUCGCCGAAAGGCUUAUCUGGAGGUUGGCGAUCUGGUUCGAAAAUUGCGGAGCGAUGAGUCUCAACCUGCUAUCCUAGUCAUCCAGUCCCAACAGAAAGACCGCUUGUGCCACGAUAUUCCUAUCUUGAAAGAGUAUCCGACUCUUUCGGUGAAACCCGAGGUUUCGGACAUGGAUCUGCCUCCACUUGGCUGGCAAUCAUUCAUUGCCCGGCGCCUUGUGACACAUUAUCUGUACCUUUCAGCUUGGGUUCAACACUUGACUCUUCUUGCUCGGUAUGGCGAUGUCCCACUUUGCAACCUGGAGACGGAUGACCCUCGGUAUCUUAUCGAUAUCUCGUAUGCAAGACGUCUCCAGCAAAGCAACGUUGUGCUAUGGUGGUCGAAGGGACCCCGACCUGAUCAUGCUGGAUAUGAAAAAGAUGAUAUCGUCGGCCCGCUGGAGAAGGUUAACAUGCCUUCAGUCAAUACACCAAGUGCUUACUCAACAGUGUGCAUCGAGCUUGAGGUUCGCAAUCUGGCAAUUAAUACCAUUCUCACUUCAUCCAUUGUCAAUGAGAUGGACGGGAACGACACGCUUCUUGCCCCCUCCGGAAAUGGGGGUGAUGAUUCUGGGGUCCUGUAUUCCGAAAAGGCAUUUGCUUCAGCUGGCGCUUUCGUGCUCCGAGACAUGGUGAAGCAUUGGUGGACCGAGGCUUGCGCUGGAAACAGCAUGGCCGACAUCAUGGUUCAGCAUUUGAUUCGAUGGGUAGAAAGCCCCGUUUCCUGUCUCUAUGAUCGAUCUCUACAUAAUUAUGUUCGGCUCCUCUCGCGCAAAUCUUUUCAGCGGUUGAUGGCAGAGUUUAGACGAGUCGGCUCGAACGUGAUUUUUGCCAGUCCGACACGCCUCUUACUUCAAACAACCAAGACCGAAGUUGGCAAUGCCUACGCUUACAGUCAAUAUGUGUUGAAGUCGAUCCGAGGCAACCCUCAAUUUCAUUUUGUUGAUCUCGAGAUUAAAGAGUACUGGGACUACCUAGUAUGGUACGAUGAAUACAACUACGGCGGUAAAGGCUGCCGUGAAGUCGUCGAGGCCGAGAAUCAGGAGCUCGAGACCGUGAUGCACUGGCAACUCAGCCGUCUUUUGCCAGCGCCCAUGCAAGCUAUCUUCCAUGACUGGGUGGUCGAAUAUAUUGAAUUGAUGCAUUCCUCAAAGCAUCCAGAUCUUCAAGAAAAUGAGAUCUCCUCGACCCCCCGCUUAACGCAAAUACCUAUUGGCAAGUCCAACAACGUGGAUGAUGAAGGUCUUACUGCUCUUCUCGCCGAGCGAUUCUCGAAGCCGUUGAAAAAACAGAUCUCUGGGCUCAUCCGCCGACAGCGGGAUGAGAUGCUCCAUCCUGAACUCGCAUCUGAUUAUGCAUUCCCGGUUCUGCCCGGUAUUCUGGUUGACCCUAAGGAAGACAAGCGGAACCCGGCCCUCGAGCUGGUGAAGCUGCUGAUGCAAGUCUUGAGUCUGUCCAAAACUACGACGCUGGAAUCUCGAUUGUUGCGACGCGAGUUGCUAGCCCUCUUUGAGGUCCGUGAAUUCAGCAAGGAGGGUCGAUUUGAAAACCCUAGCGCCAACCUGAAACUACCCGAGCUGACCUGUAACGCCUGCUGUCUCAUCCGCGAUCUCGACCUGUGCCGUGACGAAGAUGUCCUACCGGAUGCCGGCUCCGACAACAGCAAAACCCCUAAGCCCUGGCGCUGUCCUUUCUGUCAAACCGAAUAUGAUCGACUGGCCCAAGAAGAACUUCUCAUUGGUCAAGUGCAUGGCAUGGUCGCCGAAUGGCAAACCCAGGAUCUAAAAUGCUCCAAGUGCGGCACCCUCAAAGUCAGUGAGUUCAUGGAACAUUGCUCCUGUAGUGGUAAAUGGGCUGCAACCAUGGAUCUGAAGGAGGCCCAAAAGAAACUACGAGUGUUGCAGAGCGUCGCAAAGUUUCAUAGUCUACAGCUGCUGGAGAACGUUGUGGAGGAAGUCCUCGGCCAUAUGUGA